UUGCAGCCACUUUAAAUUAGAAUCAUGUGGAGGUGCAUUUGUGGAAUUGAAGAGUCCCUUGCAUCAUCGGAGGCACUGAGCUGCAGGUCUACUACAGGUAAGUAUUUGGUGGCUGGUUUAUCUGAGCAGCUGGCUCAGUAUGAACAGCUGGUAGUGCAGCUCAUAGACCAAUAUCCGGACAAAGAGACCCAGCUACAAGUGAGAGAUGAACACCUUAAGUUACUGGAAGACCUCAAGGUAAAACUCCGUGAAAACGAAGAAGCAUUAUUGGAAAAGACGCAACUUGUCGAUGUGUUGCAGAAAAAGCUUAAUAGGAAUAAUCGGGAUCUAGCGUUGCUGGAAGACUUCAAUGAAAAACUCUGGGAAAGGGAAGAGGAACUGCGAGAAACAACAGAACACGUGAAAGUACUGCAGAAACAGCUGGAAAGGAAGAAUUGUGUGAUAAUGGAGUUAGUUGAAGAUGUAAGAAAGCUUGAAGAUGAGAAUGAGGACCUGGACAACAAGUAUUACGCUGAAGAUUACGCCAGCCAUAUCAAGAUCUGUGGUUUGAGGGCGACCCAUAAAGCUGAAUUAACAAAUCUCAAAGGUAAACACAGCACUCGGCUCUGUAAAAUCAGGGAGAAACAUGCACAAGAAACAUCACAGAAAGAUCAGUGCUGUUUACAACUUCACAAAGAUCUCCAACUUUUAAGACCUCACGCCAGGUUCUGUGCACCCCUUGCAGAACAGGCAACUGGUUCUUUAAAUUAUUUCAGCGAAUGGAAGAUUAACGAACUGGAAGGUAAUUACUCAAAGUUGACCUGUUAAUAUUUUUGGCCAUAAAUGGUCCUACCGCAGAUUUGUACAUCUGUCGUCUCGUGGUAGGGAGUAGGUUUGCCCUAAAAUAUUCUAGCAUUAGAGGAAUGGAGUGGAUUUUAUGACAAAACAUCACUUCAUUUUUGUUUUGCGGUGUAAUUCUCUGGUCCCUGUAACCUCGUGAGAUUUUGUGUAUGCAAAUUGGUUGCUGUAA